UGGUGGUGGCGGUCGGCAGCCGAGUGGUGGUCGGGUCGCUCGCAGUGCUGUGGCGAUGCGGCGGUGGCCCAGGAGGCAGCAGGCUGGCCGGGACAGGCCUGAGGACCCUCGGAACCGUCCGGCAGGAACUGGUGAACCAAAAAGUGCUGGGCCUGGAGCAGAUGGAGGCCAGAGAGGAGGGAAGCAGGAUGACUCUGCCUGGUGGAAGCGGAUGCAGAAGGGCGAGCUCCCCUGGGACGACAAGGAUUUCCGCAGUCUGGUGGUUUUGGGGGCAGGUGUUGCCUUCUACUUGUAUUUUCGAGAUCCUGGGAAAGAAAUCACGUGGAAGCACUUCGUGCAGUAUUACCUGGCGAGAGGUCUGGUGAGAGGAUUUACAGUCUGUCCUGGAAGGAGGUGGUGCACACGGUCUGUGAGCAGGAAUCCUAAGCAGUCCCAGCCUCGGGUGGACCGGCUGGAAGUCGUGAGCAAACAGUUUGUGCGUGUUAUUCCUGCCCCUGGGACCUCGUCCGAGACGUUCGUGUGGUUUAACAUCGGCAGUGUGGACAUCUUUGAGCGGAAUCUGACGAUGGCUCAGUGGGAGCUGGGCGUUGAGCCCCACAACCAGACGGCAGUGAUCUACACCACUGAGAGCGAUGGCUCUUUCUUGCGAAGCCUGGUGCCCACCCUCCUCCUGGUGGGCAUCCUCCUGUAUGCUGCGAGGAGGGGCCCGAUGGGGGCUGGGCGUGACAGGCGUGCAGGGGGCCUCUUCAGUGUUGGGGAGACGACGGCCAAGAUCCUAAAGAAGAACGUCGACGUGCGAUUUGCAGAUGUAGCUGGUUGUGAAGAAGCCAAACUGGAGAUUAUGGAGUUUGUGAAUUUCCUGAAGAACCCCAAGCAGUAUCAGGACUUAGGAGCCAAAAUUCCAAAGGGAGCCGUGCUCACUGGUCCUGCUGGGACGGGCAAAACACUUCUUGCCAAAGCAACUGCCAGGGAGGCCAGCGUGCCUUUCAUCACUGUGAAUGGGUCAGAGUUCCUGGAGCUGUUUGUCGGCGUCGGGCCAGCGAGGGUCCAUGACAUGUUUGCAAUGGCCCGAAAAAAUGCGCCUUGUAUCUUAUUCAUUGAUGAGAUUGAUGCUAUUGGCAGGAAGCGUGGCCGCGGGCACCUUGGAGGCCAGAGUGAGCAGGAGAACACGCUGAACCAGAUGCUCGUGGAGAUGGAUGGGUUCAACUCUAGCACGAAUGUCGUGGUGCUGGCUGGCACCAACCGCCCCGACAUCCUCGACCCGGCCCUGAUGCGGCGCGGCCGGUUUGACCGCCAGAUUUAUAUCAGCCCCCCUGACAUCAAAGGCAGGUCCUCCAUCUUCAAGGUCCACCUGCGUCCACUGAAGUUGGACAAGACCCUCAGCAAGGACACCUUGGUGAGGAAGCUGGCGGCACUGACUCCAGGCUUCACAGCCCUGGCCCCGGCUCAGCUCUGGGUGCUCUGCAGGAGACUUUCCUGUGGUGACGGCCCUGGAGCACCGACGUCAGCUGGUUUCUCCUUUCCGGGGUCAGGUGCUGACAUUUCUAACGUUUGCAAUGAAGCAGCCCUGAUCGCCGCCUGCCACCUGAGUCUCUCUGUUCAGGAGAAGCACUUCGAGCAGGCCAUCGAGAGGGUCAUUGGAGGCCUUGAGAAGAAGACGCAGGUCCUGCAGCCCAGCGAGAAGGCGACUGUGGCCUACCAUGAGGCUGGACACGCGGUGGUGGGCUGGAUCCUGGAGCAUGCGGACCCCCUGCUGAAGGUUGUGCAGUUUGGGAUGAGCGAAAAGCUAGGCCAGGUGUCCUUGGACCUUCCCCGGCAAGGUGAGACGCUGGUGGAGAGACCGUACAGUGAGGCCACUGCCCAGCUCAUUGACGAGGAGGUCCGGUGCCUCAUCAGCUCUGCCUACGAGCGGACCCUGGACCUGCUGAUGCGGUGCCGGGACCGGGUGGACAAGGUGGGCAAGCGGCUGCUGGAGAAGGAGGUGCUGGAGAAGCCGGACAUGUUGGAGCUGCUGGGCCCCCGGCCCUUCGCGGAGAAGUCCACCUAUGAAGAGUUUGUGGAAGGCACCGGCAGCCUAGAGGAGGACACGUCCCUUCCCGAGGGGCUGAAGGGCUGGAACUGGGGACAGGAGGAGGGGAGCACGGAGCAUUGAAUGCAGGAGAGCCCAACUUAGCCACUCUACCUCUGGGAGCAGUGGCGGGAAUUACCAGAAAACACAUUAAAACACGUGAUAACUGCA